AAACGUUAAUGACCCUAUAAUAUGUUUUUCGCGCUGCCCUGCUCCUCGUUCUUGUAAAAUAUAAUACAUUAAAAUAUAUUAUAUUAUAUUUAAUAAUAUAAUAAUCGUAUAUCGCGCGUUUGUACUGUAAAAUAAUAUCAUGUGCGUGUACUUUUUUUUUCAAUAGAAUUCAAAUCACACGAGUUUUUACCCCCGAUUUUCAUUCCCUCCUUCUUCUCGUUGUUCUUUGGAUCCGGCGUGAUGUAAAUCGUAUCAAUUGAUCGUUUUUUUUUUUUUUUUUGCUUUUCGUCUGCUGUGUUGACGCGAGUUUUUUUUGUUAAUUUUUUAUUAAUUUUUUUUUAUCAAGUUUUUGUUUUGUUUUUUGUACUAAUAACUCGUUGAAUUUUACCUUAAAUUUUUUAAAUUAGUUCUCCAGUGUCAGAUUGAUUGUUAUUGCUAUUGUUGUUGUUGUUGCUGCUGUUUUUGUUGGUUUAAUUUCCUAGUUUUUUUUUCAUAAUUCGUUUCUUUAAUUUGUUUUCAAUUUUAUUUUAUUUUUUUAAAAAUUUCGUUAACGUAAAUUUACUUAAUUCAGUGUUUAAAUAAAUUUGUGCCAUUUUCGGAUCAAUGCUCUCAGCUGGUCCGUGUUUCAUUCUUCAUACGAUUACAUUAUUCGGAGAAACGCCACCACAGCUGUAGCUGCAUAUCAGAGGACAGGUCCAAGACAGCGCAGACCUGAUGAUUAAUAUUUUUUGAACCGGUUGCCCAUUUUGUACAUCGACGAAAAAUCACGUUACCAUACCUACCGAUACCCUCUCCUCCUGUCCAAUACCAUACAACAACGCGACCACUAAACUCCUGGCUGAUUUCGCAUCUCGCGACGAUUAUAAAAAGAGAAAAACAUAACUACAGAGUCGAACCGAAUGUUCAAAGGUCAAGAUCUCCAACGCUCCUUUCGAUUGGCAAUAUUUACGCGGACAGCGUCACAUAACUGAUUAAUGUCCACUCACCGAUAAGUACAUGGACACUCUGCAGCCAUCCUUACACCAACAAUGAUCGAAGACUCAUCAUAACCCAAACCAACGACCAGACCAGCGCGCGCACGAGUCCAAUUUCUGCUACUGUAGACUAGGCGGGUUGUGCGCCAGGAGCAGCUAACACCUCAGAAUACACACUGGUUACAUCCAAGCCAACGGCGCUCUCUAUGGAAAUGGACAUAUCAUCUGAUUUCAUAUCUUCAGUGCUGUUCACCCCGGAUCAAGGGGGUACUCGGACGGUGGUAGCAGAUUCCCACACAGCAGGCUCGGUGGAACCUUCAUUGAACAAUGGUACGAUUCAGACCAGCGAUAUACAAGAACUGCAUUUACUCGGUUUACAUUUCGAAGACUUUGAUAGUCUGCAAUGUGAUCAAAUCCGCACCAUACCAGCCACCGAGACGAACAAUAAUCACUUCGGGUAUACGAACGGCCCUCCUACGUUCGACUCGCAGAGCUUCAAUUGCGCUGGAAGUGUUUACGAUACCAAGGAGGUGAACUGGUCGACUUCCACUAACACCGAUGGAGCCAUAUACUCUUUUGAAAUAGUCAAUGAUAAUACCAGUACGUCGCCAUUUUGGGAGGACGACAAUUUAUCUCCGAUCACCGCCUUGAACCAUUCGCCUUAUCGUAGCAGUACGAAUUUCAUCAGUUCUGUAGAUCACGACGACUCAUCCGCAAUUGGCGAUAAGGAUAUAGUGAUCAAGUCAUCCGAUCUGUAUCGUCAAAACGGGUCCAAAUCAGCGGAUAAAUUCGAAUCGAACAACGUUCUGCUGCGAAACGCACUGCUAGGUAAGGCAAACUCGCGAUACGGUGGCGAUAAGAGCAAAUCCAAAGAAUCCGAUACAACGAUCAAACACCAUACUUCGUCAUCGGUCGACUUUCAAGUAGCUUUUUCCACUACACCUGGUGUUAAACAGGGGCAACUAGACGACAAUCAAAACGAUCCUUUCCAUAAUAUAACCAUCGUCAAGGACGAGCCUUCUGCAGUGACUGCGGCUACGACCACGACCACGUUGUUACCAUCGUUAAUAAAUCACCGAACCGAUCACCUAGAUUCGUCUUCGGCAGCUGGCACAGCCGUUCACAUAUUCAACACCGCCGAACUAAGCGAUUCGACCGGAUCUGCUCAUAUAGACGAAAUACUCUUAUCGGAUUUCGACUCUUUUCCAUAUUCGGACGAGCAACUGGCCGGUAUCUGCAACCAGGAUAUCGCUCAAGCCUUCCAGCAGAUCUACAACACCGACCAGAACUUCAUGCCAUACGUCAGCUCUUCAAAUACCACCGCAGCAGUCAUCUCAACCACCAGUAGCGGCGGUACAGGCGAUAACUCCAAUUCUCCUUCUGCUACCACCACCACGCAGCCAUCUUCGCUGAGUGGUGAGCUUCAUAAUCAAAUACCACCGUCCAAGAUCCGUCGCACGUCUAAGAAAUCAGCAAACCAAGCCAAAUUGAACGCCAAUAGUCAUAGUAGUAGUAACGCAAACAGUGAGAUUAAUUUAAGUAAGGUCGAUUUCAACAAUUGCUCGGUAUCGGGCGAUGCACGAUUACUCGACUCUAAUACCAACGGCAAUUGUACCAGUAGCAAUAGCAGCACUUGCAGCAGUACCACUACUACCAGUAAUGGUACCACGAACAACAAUAAUAACAACAACAACGUUACCAAUCGUAACGCAUCCGUUGUCGGUAAUAAAGGCGACGGUUCAACUACCAAUCAUCUUCACCAGCAUCAAAAUCACACCACUACCACUAGCACUACCAACGGAUGUGGCGCUAGUUCAGCGGCAGCUUUGGGUAUCCGUAAAGAGAGAUCAUUGCAUCAUUGUUUCGUUUGCAACAAGGGGUUCAAAGAUAAGUACUCGGUUAAUGUGCACAUACGUACGCAUACCGGAGAGAAACCAUUCUCGUGUACUGUGUGUGGUAAAAGGUUCCGCCAGAAGGCUCAUUUGGCCAAGCAUCAACAUACGCAUUUCCAAAAGAAACCAUUACCCCCGUCGCCCACCAACGUCAUGCCGACGUCUAAUCAACAAACCGUUAUCAAAGUUACUGCCACUACGUCUGUGCUGGAACCUAGGUAGCCCGUUUAGAGUCUGGAGACUUGUUAAUUAUGCUAUAUGCCUCGAAAGGUGGCCGAGUAUUCCCACCUGUUCCUUCUCACUCUCGAUGGAUCUUUCACAUUUGCGGUUAUCGAUUUGAUUUACUCAAUAGGUAUGGCUUUUGACAAAAGUAUAUUCAUUUACUUUCCAAAAGAUGGAAAGAAGUCUGUGUGUCACUUACCUUUGAUAUCUGUCUGCAUCCUUUUGAUGACCUUGGUUCCAAUUACUGGAAUAUUCCGGAUUCCUCAUCAUCCAGGUAAUCAUUCACACGCCAUAAUUUAUCCCUGGACAAAAACAAAGACCAAAAUAAUAAUUUAAUAAAUAUGUGGGCAAUCAAUAAUUCCAUCUUAAGUCAUGAUGGAUCAUGAUGGAUCACAUCCCUUUUUUAGCAUUUGAAAAUCUGAUGAACUACAUCUUAUGUAAAAAACUCUUAUUUGGUUUUGGUAUUUUCAAUUUCAAUUUUAAUUACUUACAUCUUCAGAUAAUCAUGAAUUUAGGUGAAAAAUCGAUUAUUGGCAACGUUGCAAUGGUUAAAAAAUCAGGGCUUUAGUUGCAAGAAGUUUUAAAAAAAGUUUGCCAAUUAGAUUUUUUCAAUAUGGAAGGGAGCUUGCUAAUAUUGGUUUGAUUCAUCUCCUUGAAUUACAUUUCACAUUCCAUUAAGGGAGAGAGGGAUGGACAGGGGGAGAGGAAUGAAAAUGAAAAAUUGUGGAAUUAACGUUGUUUUUAUUUACAUUGAACAUUCAAUAAAAUAAAUUUCAGUCAGGUACUGAUUGUGAUGCCCUCGACCCAAUGAUCCAAGGACUUUCUAAUGAUAAUGGAAAGAAAUUCAGUUACCAUGCUUAUGUUACAUAAGAAAUCUGGAAUUGGCAACGUCGCAAUUUUCAAUAUCUUGUUUUCUGAGCAAUGAGAUGGACAAAUGGAUUAUUUAUUCCAGUAAGAGCCUCAUGCAACAAUUCAAAAGAGCAAAAUGUUAUUUCUAGUAUCUUUACAACUGUUUGAUACAACUUUCAUCCACAAAUUGGGCAUAUUUUUUUUCGAUUUUUUCACUAAAACUUUCAAUGAAUUUUUUUAAAAUUACCACAGUUGAAUUAAAUGUUCUUUUCUUUUUUAUAGACAUUUUUCCAAAUCUUUCAUCAAAAUUAAAUUACGCUUCAAUAUUUCAUUACUUUUUACCUUCAAGCAAAUUGAUGAAAAUUCAACUGACUAAUUUUUAAAAUCUCUGAUUGUUACUAUUCAAAUUUUGUCUAAUUUUUUCUCAUUCAUAGGAAUGAAGAAAAUGCCUUAAAAACUACAAAUAAAUUCAAAAUCAACGUUCUCAGCUAAAAUUUUGGAUAUUUUGCUAGAAAAACCCAAACCUAUUUGUACAAAUUUUACAUAAAAUUCAGUGUUCGGUUCAAAUUAUCUACUUUGGAGAAUUGCAAGGUUGCCAAUAAUAGAUUAGGCAAAGUUAUUAUUGGCAACGUUGCAAUUCUCAAUUAGGUGGAUUUUCCCAGGGCUCGCCAAAUGAGAAAAUAAUGGUUUUGGUUUCAAUUUUGGUAACUGUUAUCAGGUUUAACGUUUUCAGUGUCAAUUAACAGUACUUACCUAAUCAAAAAGAAAAAAAAAUGCUGAUCAGCCAGUUUUUUUUUCCGUUAUGGUUCCAAUUUUGGUUCGGCGAUGGCAAGCCCUGAAUUUUUCUAGCAAGGAAUUAAGAAACCAACAAAUUAUGAAACUUAUCUAUUAUUGGCAACACUGUAAUUCUCAAUUGGGCAGAUUUUUUAAGCAAUAUAAAUUCAAAAUAAACGUCUUCUACCAAAAUUUUUGAAAAUUCUUUUGAAAAACCAAAAUUAUUACAAUGAUAAGAAAAUGAAAUUUCUACUUAAAGUAACUUCUCAUGUCCUUAUUCCUGUGUUUAGCUGAAAAAUAAGCUUCUUUAGAGAAUUGCGAGGUUGCCAAUAAUAGUUUACAGAAAAUGAGAAUUUUGCUGAUUCAAGUGAUUCAACAAGGAAACUUAUUAUUGGCAACGCUACAAUGUCUCAAUUAGGCAGAUUUUUCAAACAUAAAAUUCAAAAUCAAUGUUCCCAAUUCCUGGAGCAAAAUUUUGGAGAUUUUGUAAAAAAAAAAUAGAAUCGCAAUGUUGCCAAUCAUAAAAUAUGAACAGUGAAUGUACUGAUUUAUCUCGCAAAACUUAUUUUUGGCAACAUCCCAAUUCUCAAUUAGGCAGAUUUUUCAAACAUAAAAUUCAAAACCAAUGUUUUCAAUUUCCAGAGCAAAAUUUUUAAGAUUUUGUAAAAAAAAAAUAGAAUUGCAAUGUUGCCAAUAAUAAAUUAUGAACAGUAAAUGUAGCCUACUGAUUUAUCUCAUAAAACUUAUUGGCAACGUUGCAAUGUCUCAAUUACGCAGCUUUUUCAAACAUUAAAUUCAAAAGCAAUGUUCCCAGUUUCCGGAGCAAAAUUUUGGAAAUUUUGUAAAAAAAAAAUAGAAUUGCAAUGUUGCCAAUAAUAAAUUAUAAACAGUAAACUCAUUAUUGGCAAUGGCAACGUUGCAAUUCUCAAUUAGGCAGAUUUUUCAAAAAUAAAAUUCAAAAUCAAUGUUCCCAAUGUCCGGAGCAAAAUUUAGGAGAUUUUGUAAGAAAAAAAAUAUACAUAUAGAAUUGCAAUGUUGCCAAUAAUAAAUUAUGAACAGUAAAUGAACUGAUUUAUUUUGCAAACCUUAAUAUUGACAACGUUGCAAUUCUCAACUAGGCACAUUUUUCAAACAUACAAUUCAAAAUCAAUGUUCUUAAUUUCCAGAGCAAAAUUUUGAAGAUUUUGUAAAAAAAAAAAUAGAAUUGCAAUGUUGCCAAUAAUAAAUUAUGAAUAUAACUUCAAAAUCAAUGUUCCCAAUUUCCGGAGCAAAAUUUAAAAAAAUUGAAUCGCAAUGUUGCCAAUAGGUAAGUAAUAAAUAUGAACAGUAAAUGUACUGAUUCAUUUCGUGAAACUCAUUAUUGGCAGCGUUGUAAUUCUCCAUUAAACAGAUAAGCAUUUGUUUUCAAAGAACGAAUUAUUCAAAAUCAAUGUUUGCAAGUUUGCAACUUCAAAAGCAAAAUUUUUCAGAUUUUGUGGAUAAAAAAUACUAUUUAUAUAAGUUUUAGGUAAACUCGAUUUCUUUGGAAAAUGGCAACGCUGCAAUUCUCAAUUAAGCAAAUUUUUCAAGCAAUGAAUUCAAAAUUGAUGUUAGUAAAUUUCUCAAUCAAAAUUUUUGAGAUUUUGUGGGGAACAAAUACUUACUUUUUAUAUACAAGGUUUAGGUAAACUCAGGUAAACUCAAUUUCUUUGAAGGAUGGCAACGCCGCAAUUCUCAAUCAGGUAAUUUUUCCAAACAAUUAAUUGAAUUAUAAAUCAAUGUACCCAACUUACCAAUCAAAAUUUUGGAAAUUUUGAAAAAAUACCGCUGCAACAAAUUUUGAGUAAAAUUCACUUUUUUGAAGAUUGCAACGUUGCCAAUAAUAGAUUAUGAACAGUAAAUGCGCUGAUUCAUCUUGCAAAACUCAUUAUUGGCAUUGGCAACGUUGAAAUUCUCAAUUGGGCAGAUUUUUCAAAAUCAACAUUCUCAAGGAAUUUUUUAGAGAUGUUGUAAAAAAACCUCUGCCAGAAUUUUGGGUGAAAUUGACUUCUUUAAAAAAUUGCAACGUUGCCAAUAAUAGAUUAUGAACAGUGAAUUGAUCGAGCUGAUAUAAUACACAAAACUUUGUUCUUCGCAAAAAAAGAAAAUCGUCCCUCUUGAUUUUUUAUCAUAGAUUUGGGAUUUGGUGAAAGGUCAUUACUAAAAUGGGUGAAAUGGUCUCUGCUUCAUCUGCUUGCAUUAGAAUGAAAUGUCAGCAGCAGGACUAGAGGGUGUCAUCGAGAUACUUCAAUACACCCAAUUUUAGAUCUUCAUUUUGAGCGGAAAUUUUACAAAUUAAACACUCAAAAAUCACUUUAAUGGAAAAAUGUUCACUUUGUACAAAAAUGAGACCAAUAUGAUCAAGGCAUUUCUGACCUGGGUAAUUCAAACAUGCGGAGGGGAGGGUGGGACCACUUGAUCAAAUCAAAGGUUCAACAAAUUCUUCAUUUUUUGGAAAAUUCUCAUAGUUGCUCUUUUUUUUGGCACCGCGAUUUUUUCACGUCCUGAAGUUUCUUCAUUUUAAAAAAUAGACAACAUGUUUUCUAACAGCUGUUUUUGAAAACCCUUCAAGCAUUCCCAACUCAUGAUCAAAUCAUUACCAUAGAAUUCGUCAAACAACCUUUCAACACCAUCCCUCAAAACUCCAUCAUCGAAUCCAAGUGAAACUCUUCCUCCUCCUCCUCACCCCUACAUCCCCAUCUCCGUUCAAAUUAGAUAUCAAAACACCAGACCGUUGUAGAAAUCUCCAUCGCAGCGAAUAAAUUGCCCACAAAACGAGUUAAGUACACACUUUUGAAAUAAUAAAUUACUCUGUGGAAGUACGUACAUACGAAUACGAGAGAUUUCUACUAUAUCCAUUACACCGAAUCCACCAAUCCACCACACAGAGGCACCAGCCACAUACCGCAGCGUUGCACAACGCAACGAUUUAUAAUUACCAACAAAUCACAUCGAUACCGCAAAUAAUACCUACCAUUCUCACUUCGAUAACAAUUAUCGCCGCAUGACAACUGGGUUACGAUAUGAAAACAGCACCAAGCGAGAACGAAGAACCCUGCUUUUAUCAUCCGAGUGUGUCUGUCUUCUUUCUUUCUUUUCGUCGAUAAUAAAUUUCACGGCAAUAAAAAUACAACAUGUACCUUACUUAUAUAGCGAAUUACCCAUACCUAAAUAUGUGCUGUAUAAAAUGUAGUACCAUACGACGACGACGAGCUCAUUAAAUACCAUAUUGGUUUGGAAAAAAAAACUGCCAAAAUUGGUACCAUUGAUAAAUGCUUAUUGUGAUUAGAAAUAAUAAUUUAUAAGAGAGCGCCAGCUGAUGCUGCCUUUUAUACUUUUUUUUUACAUUGUACAAUAAUACUUUUUAGGUAUUCCUUCUUCUUCUUUAUUUUCUUUUUUUUUUUUUAGGAUUUUAUAAAUGUUAAUUUUUUUUUCUUCGAUUUGUAUUUGUCUUGUUUUUCUUUUUGUAUUACUUUUUUUUAUAUCGUUUAUUAUUUUACACUCUAAGUUCCUUUUACGUUGUUUUCUCCCUCUCGUCCUUAGCGAGUUUUUUAAUGAUAAUUUCCAAAAUUUUCCACCAAUUUGGAUUCCUAGGUAGUCAAUCGAGUAUAGAAAAUGUUAACGAAAUUGUCUCGUAUUCCAAUAUUUUGAUAGUUUAAAAAACGAGGCAGAAAAGUGAUCUUAUAUAAAGACGUAUUAUUAAAAUAUAGGAUUAAUCCUUAGGAAGGUAAAUAUUCUCUGAAAAUGGUUCCUAAAGUAUAGUAUGUUUUUGUUUUUUAGGAUUUAAAGAAAAAAAAUGAACAAAAGAGAUUUGUUCGCCACCGCCUCUAAAAAUUUACUACGAUAAUGAGGUUGUGGUCGUGUUUGAGUUACUUAUUGAAAACUGUACUUCGAUUCUACGUAUAUGAUGAUUUUAUUAAUCGUUUUUUUUUUUUACUCUCCUUUAUGUCGUUUAAUUCGAUGAUUCUGUCUUUCUUUUCAUUCAAGACGUAAUCUUUCCACAUUGAAUACAAAGAAAGCAAGAAAUGAAGAAAGAGAUAAAAUACAUUUGCAUUAAAUUGCAUUACACAACGAAAAAUGAAAUAAGUAGUUUAAAUCGUUAUGAAACGAAUCCAUGACUCGAACCAUGUCUACUUUUUUUUGUUUUUAUUUUGUAGUAGGUGUUUUUUUACUCCGUGUUUUCUUUUUAUAGUAAAACGAGGUACAGUUUUAAGAAAAUAUUUAGUGAUAUUAAAUCGUAUUUGUAAUUUGUUGUUUUACAUAGUUUGAUUUUUCCUUUUCUCUUCCUCUCUUUUUCUCUCUCUCUUAUUCUCUCUUUUUUUUUAAAAAAAAUUAUUAUUUAUUUGUUUAAUUUUUUAUGUAAAUUGUAAAAUGUGUUUAAUUAAACGUUUCAUGUUUUGA